AUGGCAGGGGUGGAUCCCAAUUCUGUGAAAAUACAGAUAUGUCUCCUUGGUCAUUCCUUCAUUCGUAGACUUUCAGAGUUUAUGGACUCUAAUCCGGAUUUUAAAGAUCUUAAUUUAGAUGCAGAAAAUUAUGAAAUAACUGUGUGUGCUAAAGGGGGACUGCGUACAGGUGGACUUCAGUGUAUGUUAAAAGGAAUAACCGGGCAUCCCGACAUUCAUUUCAUACAAAUAGGUGGGAAUGACAUUGGUUAUUUAUCGAAUGAGAAGAUCGUUAUAAACAUUCUCUCCUUUUCUGAGUACCUAACUCAGGGAUUGGAUUCAAAAAGAGUUAUUAUUGGCCAGCUUCUAAGAAGAGACCCAUCUGUGAGCGUUGCAGGGUACAACGAUUCUGUUGUUGAAAUUAACAGCCUCCUCACACAAAAGACACAGGCACAUGAAAGAAUAUUUUUCUGGAGGCACAGAGGGUUUUGGCAAAACUUGUCACACUUGGCAAGGGACGGUGUACACCUCGACAACCCCCCUCUGAAGCAUUUGAAGCACGGGGACCCCCCUUCGCCCAUGCAUAAGUAUUGGAGAAGUGUCAGGAAUGCAGUAAUUGUGCAUUCCUGUCAAUUAAGGCCAGUAUUAGGUUUUGGUUACAACAACGAAAAACAUUAA